AUGGCUGCUGCCAGGAUAGACAAUCUGUUCGUCGUAGCAGAUUUAGUCGAUGAUGAUGAUGAAUUAUUACUACUGCUUGACGCCAGGCAGCAUGGCGUAACUUUACCGUACUGGAAGAAUCCUAACCCACCAGUAUUACCAGUAUAUACAGCCCUCCAAAAAUGCAAAAAGUUUGUCCAGGCAGGUUUUUGUCCCAUUUUUAGACCAUUACUAUUCCACAAUGGUACAUGCUACAACUUUUCUGGAUUUGGAAUCAGCAGCAAAAGAUGUCCUACACCACAAAAUCUGAAGGAGGAUAUAGGAACACAUAUACCCGUAGAUUUUACAAAGAAAGAAGUAAAUUUUAAUCCAACAUAUGAUCAACUCUUUGCACCAAAGGAGGAUAUAGGAACAAGUAUACCCGUAGAUUUUACAAAGAAAGAAGUAAAUUUUAAUCCAACAUAUGAUCAACUCUUUGCACCAAAGGUUGGGCCGGUUAAUCCGUUUAAAACACAGCAAGCAUUGGCGCAUAGAAAUACUACUGCUGGCUAUGCUGAGCCAACUCACUUCAAUCCUUUUACAUUCGAGAACCAAAGGAAGACAUUUCACAGCUACGGAUAUGCUUUGGAUCCAAGUACAGAUGGUGAUGGCUCCAAAAUUGUAGGAUCAUUUGAUGAGGCUAAAAAAAAUGAAGGGAAAACCGUGUUUGAGACACAAGUUGCCCGUCCUGGAGACAAACGGAAGAAAGUGAGAAAGAUGGAUGCAAGCGAUAUUGAUGGAUUUGAAGGACCUUGGGGGAAAUAUGUGGAUGAAAAGACAGUUGCUGUUCCAACAGAGGAGGAGAAGGAAGAAUUAGAUGAGAUUUUAGCAAAGAGGAGUAAGAAAGGAAAGAAACAGGAAGAAAAAGUGGGAGAGGAAAAAUCUACAUUACAUAUCAAAGAUGCGUACGAUUAUCAAGACCGCUCCUUCCUACACAUUCCAAUGGAUCUCGAUGUUGACCUCAAGUCGGAGGAUCCACCUGAGAAAUGUUACCUGCCGAAGAAGCUCCUACACACCUGGACGGGACAUACGAAAGGUGUUGCUGCUAUUAGGCUUUUCCCAAAGUCAGGCCAUUUGUUGUUAUCAUGCGGAAUGGAUAGUAAAUUAAAAUUGUGGGAGGUGUAUAACAAAAGGCGGGUUAUCCGCACAUAUUUAGGUCACAAGCAGGCUGUCCGUGAUGCAUCCUUCAAUAAUAGUGGAGAUAAGUUUAUCAGCGCAGGCUACGACAGAUACAUGAAAAUUUGGGAUACAGAAACGGGUGAAUGUAUUUCAAGAUUUACAAACAAUAAAGUUCCUUAUUGUGUGAAGUUUAACCCAGAUGAAGACAAACAACACAUCUUUGUAGCAGGCAUGGCAGACAAGAAAAUUGUACAGUGGGAUACACGAGCAAACGAGAUUGUGCAGGAGUAUGACCGGCAUCUUGGUGCUGUCAACACGAUCACCUUCAUUGACCAAAAUCGACGUUUUGUGACGACGUCGGAUGACAAAAGCAUCCGGCUUUGGGAAUGGGAUAUCCCGGUGGAUUUCAAAUACAUUGCAGAACCAAAUAUGUACCCAAUGCCUAGCGUAACACUCAGUCCCAAUGGUAAGUGGUUAGGCUUCCAGUCAAUGGACAACCAAAUUCUAAUAUACGGUGCACAGAAUCGAUUGCGUCUGAACCGCAAGAAGAACUUCAAAGGUCACAUGGUCGCAGGAUAUGCAUGCCAGAUGGGCUUCUCACCAGAUAUGAGGGUUCCCAUGUUACACAAUUGUCAUUGGAGUAUGCCAUAUAUUUGAGGUCAACUUCCACAC